AUGAAGACUUCUGCGACUACAUGUUUAAAUGCAAGGCCAUGGUUCAACAAUGGAACAGACUUCAGAACAUCUUCCUCAGGACACAGUCUUCCAGAUUCAGCACUCUACCAAAGACCACAUUCCUUCAUCUCCACCAUGAUCACCAAGGGAUGGUUGCUGCAUGUAGGCCUAAUUAUGCUUUUUGUCUCCAGAAUCUCAUCUCUGGACUGUAACCAGUUUCACAGCUGGCUACAUGAAGCCAACAAGGCCAACUUGGAGCUUCUGAAGAACAAAAUGGGAACAACCAUUCCUAUUCAAUGCAUAGGAGAGGAAAUGGACAUCUCAACGAAUCAGGAAAUCUUCACGAACAUCAAUGAAGUCCAAGUGGAGAAUGCCAAGGGAGCUAUACAAGAGAUCCUCCAACAGAUUCUGCACAUCUUCAGACAAAACCAUACUGAAAUGGGUUGGGAUGGCAAUUCCACAACCGCUUUCCAGACCAAACUGGACCAGCAAAUUCAGAAGCUGGAAACAUGUUGGAGUGCAGAGUUGGAGCGUGGCCCCACAUCUCCAAGAGGUCAGAAAACUUUGCUCGCCAGACUGAGAGUGAAAAGAUACUUCCAAAUACUCCAUGAUCUCCUGAAAGAUAAAGAGUACAGCCGGUGUGCUUGGGUGACUGUCCAGAUCCAGAUUAGGCAAUGUUUUGUGCUGACAGAUCAACUCAUCAAAAGGAUCUCUAAUUAA